ACAAUCUUGACAUUGACCUGUGACAUUUGAAUAUAUUUUGGUCGGAUUGGUGCUGGUUUUUGAAGAUUUUUACGAAUACUUACCUAUCACUUCAGCUAUUAAUAGAACUGUAAGACUGAUAAUUUCAUUUGUUGUCAGAAUAGCAUUAUUCUAUCUGUUUACGAAAACGAUCGUUAAACAUUUGCAAUAUAUCCUAAAGAUGGGUGCUUUGACUGAAAUAUCUUCCAACAAAAUUUUUGGUGGUUUUCAAAAAGUAUUUUCACACGAAUCAAAACAUUUGGGUUGUGUCAGUAAAUUUGGUGUUUACCUUCCACCUCAAGCAGAACAGAAAAAAUUACCAGUGAUCUACUGGCUGUCGGGUUUAACUUGUUCAGAAGCUAAUUUUAUUGAAAAAUCCGGGGCACAGAAGUAUGCAGCUGAACAUGGUGUAAUUAUUGUAAAUCCAGAUACAUCUCCACGAAAUCUUAAUAUUGCUGGGGACUCUGAAUCAUGGGAUUUUGGAGUGGGAGCUGGGUUCUACGUGGAUGCAACACAGGAUCCAUGGAAAAAAAAUUACAAAAUGUACAGUUAUGUUACCUCUGAGUUGAUACAAAUCAUUGGUGAAAACUUCCCAAUACUUGAGGGCAAGCAAUCAAUUAUGGGCCAUAGUAUGGGAGGACAUGGUGCUUUGAUAUGUGCUUUAAAAAAUCCUGGUUUAUAUAAGUCUGUGUCUGCAUUUGCGCCUAUUUGCAAUCCAUCUGAAUGUCCAUGGGGUAUUAAAGCAUUUACUGGGUAUUUAGGACCAAAAGAAUCUGGUGGUUGGGCACAAUGGGAUGCUACUGAACUAGUAAAAAACUACAAUGGACCUCCAAUUGAACUUCUGAUUGAUCAGGGUUCAGAAGACAACUUUUUAAAUGCAAAGCAACUUUUGCCUGAAAAUUUGGUUGAAGCUUGUAAACUGAAUCAUGUACCAGUAAUUUUUCACAAACGAGAAGGCUAUAAUCAUAGCUACUAUUAUAUUUCCACUUUUAUUGGCGAACACGUAAAACACCAUAUGGAAUUUUUGCAGAAGUAAAGAAGCGCCAUCUACUCGGGAAUGUUUUCUUUUUGUUAAAUAUUAAAAUACUGAACUUUUAAUAAAUAAUUAUUAAAUCCUUA